AUGAUUUAUAAUCGCCUUGCAGGUGUGAACCACCAUUAUUUCAACUUAACGGAAGAAGAUAAUAUCUCCGAGAGUUCCCUCAGUCUUGAAGCAUUGGAAAGUUUCAGUAUCGAAAAUGAUGGCCUCGUCACCACUUAUUAUGUUAUUAGGCACUUCAUUACUCCUGCCGUCUGCCUAUUUAGCAUGGUGGCCCUCUGCAUAACUCUGAUAUUCUUAUAUCGCCGGAAACCCGGAAGGACAGCAGUACAAAUUUACUUCAUAUGCAUGGGACUGGUGGAUCUAUUGGGUCUCCUGGUAUUAUUUAUAUCUUCUCUUGACUAUUUUAUGCUCUCCUCCCACGUCCAUGCUUACUACGCAUCCGCAUUUGUACGUUGUCUACACGGAACUCUAUUGGGAUUGCUUCUUGCCUCCAAUUGGCUUAUGACAGCUCAGGCAAUCGAAAAGACUAUUGCUAUCAGCAGACCGUUUAAAGCAAAGCAGAUACGGGAGAAGUAUCGGAGAUGCGUUGUAUCGCUUAUUUGCGGUUUGUCGGCGAUCCUUACUGUGCCUACUCUAGCAAUGGAUGUAGCCGAAUUGACCCGAUAUGAAAAUAUCACACCAGACAACGCAGCCUACGCUCCCGGCGGGAUUCCAAGCUCGGUGUUGGGCAACAAUGAAAAGGUUGGUUAA